AGCCAAGAACCAAGCCGAGAACUGAAGCCGAGAACCAAACCAAAAUGCCAAGCCAAAAACCGGAGCCGAGAACCAAGCCGAGAACCGAAGCCGAGAACCGGAGCCAAAAAACAGAGCCGAGAACCGAACCAAAAUGCCAAGCCAAAAACCAGAGCCAAGAACCGAAGCCGAGAACCGAACCAAAAACCAGAGCCAAGAACCGAAGCCGAGAACCGAACCAAAAUGCCAAGCCAAAAACCAGAGCCGAGAACCGAACCAAAAACCGAAGCCAAGAACCGGAGCCGAGAAGCAAGACGCGAAGCAAGGCCGCGCCGCGUCUUUGAGAGUGAAAGCCGCUGGCACGAGACCGAAGCACUGUGGCACGCCCGCGAGAUCAUUAAUUAA